GCCGAGGCGCGGGGCGGGCGGCGACCCGGCGGAGGGGCGCCGCCUUCGCUGACGCCGGGCACCUGGGCGCGGGCGCGCGGGCGACAUGCCCAACCCCAAAACCAGCAAGGGCGGCCGCAAAAACAAGCGCGCCAACAGCAGCGGAGACGAGCAGGAAAAUGGAGCCGGGGCCCUGGCGGCGGCGGGCGCGGCGGGCUCGGCGGCCGGCGGGGGGGCCCUGGCGGCGGCGGCGGCGGCGGCCGGCGGGGCGGCGGCCCCGGGCGCCCCGGGCCCCGGGGGCGCGGCGGGCACCGGCGGAGCGGGGACGGGCGGCGCGAACGCCGGGGCCGCCGCGGGGGCCGCAGCCGCGGGCGACGCCAAGAACGAAGCCCCCUGUGCCACGCCCCUGAUCUGCAGCUUUGGGAGGCCUGUGGACCUGGAGAAGGACGACUACCAGAAGGUGGUGUGCAACAACGAGCACUGUCCUUACAGCACCUGGAUGCACCUGCAGUGUUUCUAUGAGUGGGAGAGCAGCAUCCUGGCCCAGUUCAACUGCAUCGGCCGCGCCCGCAGCUGGAAUGAGAAGCAGUGCCGCCAGAACAUGUGGACCAAGAAGGGCUACGACCUGGCUUUCCGCUUCUGCUCCUGCCGCUGUGGGCAGGGCCACUUAAAGAAAGACACAGACUGGUACCAGGUGAAGCGGAUGCAGGAUGAGAAAAAGAAGAAGUCUGGGUUGGAGAAGAACACAGGGAGGCCUCCAGGGGAGGCUGGAGAGGAGGCAAAAAAGUGCAGACCCCCGAACAAGCCCCAGAAAGGCCUGAACCAUGACCUCCCCCGUCGGCAUUCCAUGGACCGGCAGAACUCCCAGGAGAAAGCAGUCAGUGCUGCAGCCUAUGGUGCCCGUUCCCCUUGUGGCUCCCCUGGCCAGUCACCCCCAACUGGCUACUCCAUCCUUUCUCCUGCCCACUUCAGUGGUCCUCGUUCCUCCAGAUACCUUGGAGAAUUCUUAAAAAAUGCCAUCCAUCUUGAGCCUCACAAAAGGGCCAUGGCUGGGGGCCAUGUGUUCAGAAAUGCCCACUUUGAUUAUAGUCCAGCUGGGUUAUCUGUUCACAGGGGAGGACAUUUUGACACUCCUGUACAGUUUCUGCGGCGGCUGGACCUCUCUGAGCUCCUCACUCAUAUCCCCAGGCAUAAGCUGAACACUUUCCACGUGCGGAUGGAAGAUGAUGCUCAAGUAGGCCAGGGAGAGGAUCUGCGGAAGUUCAUCCUCACGGCCCUCAGUGCCAGCCACCGAAACGUUGUAAACUGUGCUCUGUGCCACCGGACACUGCCUGUCUUUGAACAGUUCCCACUGGUGGAUGGAACUCUGUUCUUAAGCCCCUCGAGACAUGAUGAGAUCGAAUAUGAUGUUCCUUGUCACCUUCAAGGGAGACUCAUGCAUCUGUACGCAGUGUGUGUGGAUUGCCUGGAAGGGGUUCACAAGAUCAUCUGCAUCAAGUGUAAGUCUCGGUGGGAUGGCAGCUGGCACCAGCUGGGCACCAUGUACACCUAUGAUAUCCUGGCUGCCUCUCCCUGCUGUCAGGCCCGCCUGAACUGCAAGCACUGUGGCAAACCCGUGAUCGACGUGAGGAUCGGGAUGCAGUACUUCUCCGAAUACAGCAAUGUCCAGCAGUGUCCACACUGUGGGAACCUGGACUACCAUUUCGUGAAGCCAUUCUCCUCCUUCAAAGUUCUUGAAGCUUAUUGAUGAAAGCUUUGCUUUAGUGAUUGAAAGAAGAUAUAACAAGUGGACAUUGUUAAAACCAGCUGAAGAAUAUAUCGCUGUUUGUAAAGAUUUGUCAAGAUGUCUUUGAUUGCACUUUUGUUGAGGGAUGACAGUGUAAAUAGCUGAAGAAUGUUGAUAAAAUCAAAGCAUUUGGUUAUGGAAUCGUGUGGUGUUAGAAGGUUCCUGUUUGUGAAAUGUAUGUAUUAAAAAUAAUAAAAAUUCAAAUUAAUAUUGUA